AUGCUUAGCUUCCCAGAAAUAUACGUCUACCCCCGUACUGGACCCUGGCACCACGUUGAGGUGGUUCCAUUUCGCGCCAAGCAACGACGAAAGCAAGAGGGCGGUCUGGCGACUGCGUCCAGCACCGCAGCCUUGCGGGGCGAGUUUUUUUCCCCGCUGAGCCGCCAGCGACACACGCACACACGUGCGCACAGAAGGAGUGUGAGUGUGUCACAUUUGUCAAAUUGUCUGCGUAACGCCGCCUUUUCCUUGCCUUAUCUCCCGCCCUCUCCCCGUAUCUCUCUCUAUCGCGGUGUGGAUGUGGCAGGGAUGCAGUCUUCGUCGACCACGGUGUGUGGCGCGGACAGGCUUCGGCGCGCCCAAGAUCAGGGGCUUCCGCCGGUGUUGGUGGAGAAGCAGGCAAAGGUGAAGAACUUCAGCAGAUCCACCGCCGCCGCGUUGACGGGGCAGCUGGAAAACUGUGUCCAUCUGCUUCGGGGACACUGCACGACGCUGCAGUACUGCAAUGCGGAGAUUGAGGGCGCCUUGCUGACCCUUGGCGUUGACUCGACGCAUUCAUUACUUGCCGCCAUCAACGGCGUUGUCGAGGGCCUUGAAACGGUGGCGGAGACAUGCAAGGAGAUGUGUGAGAGCCACUUCGAGGAGGUGCGCCAGCGCGAGGACCUCUUCGCCUCGUGUUGCAACAUGUAUCUCACGCUGAAGGAGCGGCACGAGGUGACGGAGCGGGAGCUGCGCAGCUUCGUGGCGGAGCGUGACCGCCAAAACGCCGCCUUUGACAAGGCGGUUGCGUACGUGGAGACGCUGAUCGCGGAGCGGGCGCGGUGGCAGGAGCGGAACGGCUACAACUGCGUCGGCCUCCCGCUUGUGGAGAAGUCCUUUUCGGAGCAGUGCCACGAGGCCCUCGACAUGUUUGACAGGAUUGCGCAGGAGACCCGCGGCCGGGAGCGCGCGGGCCCGGAGUGCCUGCUCUCCACCACCGACGCCCCCGACACCCUGGUGAAGCGAUGGGAGAUGCUUGAGGACCUUCGCCACGUGAACGGGGUGCGCUCGGCGCGGCUGCAGUACGUUCCGCCCGGGGACGAGGUGGCGCUCCUCCGUGAGGUGCUGGAGAUGGGCUCGGGCAGCCGGGCGCUGCUGCACGAUGUACGCGAGGAGCGGCGGGGGCUCGAGGAGGCCAAGAAGAAGGUGUGCGAGAUAGGCGUCGCGAGCCUCGCCGCCCUGCAGCUCGCCCGCGCGGAGUUAAAUAGCUUCAAGGGGUGGCUCGUAGGCCUCGAAAAGAGCGGGCUGCCGUUCAAUACUUCGUUUGAGAAGUUCCGUACUAUGAUGGCAGCGUCCGCGGCGCCGCCGGGGUCCGGCCAGCAGCCCUAA